GCUAGUUUAUAGUUACUGCGACGGAAUUGCGGGCUUAGUUUAGCAAUUUACCGACACUUAACGCAGUAGAAAUAAUUAGUGAUAUGUGCAAAUAAGUACAAAAAAAAGUGCCAUAGGUAUUUAAUUGAAACGUGUUUUCGUAAACGGGUUUUGAUGUGAAUAAUAUAUAAUACGCUAAACAAAUCUGUAUAUAAGUAAUAUUAAGUACAAUAUGGCCUGUGAUUCCGACAAUUACCAAUCGCAGCUAAAUGGUGGAACGCAAAGUCAACCAUCAAACAUUUGGUCAGAGAUGGAAAGUCAACCUAUUGACAGUGUCGUUUGGGGACGUCUGUAUGGGAAGAACAUCCGAUUUAGUUCAUUAGAUCUCAACAAUGAAAAUUUCUCGACAGGACGUGGUGAAAAUAACGAUUUAUCACUUAAUACAAGUCAUUUACCAGAAAAAGUAUUAUGUCGAAUAUCGAAGGUUCAUUUUCGUAUAUCGCGUGACAGUUGUGAUUUAUCCAAUCCAGUUUACAUAGAGGAUCUUUCACGGAAUGGUACCUUUGUUAAUAGUGAAAAAAUUGGAAUUAACAAAAAAAGGAUAUUAGUUAAUGAUGACACUAUAUCAAUUUCACAUCCAAAUUACAAAGCUUUUGUAUUUAAGGAUUUGGGCUCGAAUGAAGCUCAAGGUUUACCAAAGGAUAUAACUGCGUCGUAUUAUGUGAGUCGCAAGUUAGGUUCAGGUGCUUGUGGAUUAGUACAAUUAGUAUACGAUAAAAAAACGUGCGAACAGUACGCUAUGAAAAUUGUUAAGAAAAAUUUGCUUUCGGAGAAUCAAAAUCAGUUGAAUGAUCCAAACAGGGUUUUGAACGAAGUUAAAAUUGUGAAAGAUCUUGCUCACCCCUGUGUUAUAAAAAUGCAUGAUAUAAUUGACAAGCCAGAUUCGGUAUAUAUGGUCCUAGAAUUAAUGAAAGGCGGUGAUUUACUAAAUAGAAUUAUAAAUAAAAAGCGACUAUCAGAAAAGAUAUCGAAACUUUUCUUCUUUCAAAUGUGUAGCGCAGUGAAAUAUUUGCAUCAUAAAGGAAUAACACAUAGAGAUUUGAAACCGGAUAAUGUACUCUUAGAUGGUAUGGACGAUGAAACAUUAUUAAAAGUUUCUGAUUUUGGUCUAAGUAAAUUUGUACAAAAUGAUUCUAUAAUGAAAACAUUAUGUGGAACUCCUUUGUAUGUUGCUCCUGAGAUUUUAUCAACAGGUGGUAGAGGAACGUACACUAAAAAAGUGGAUAUAUGGAGUCUCGGUGUUGUUUUAUUUACAUGUCUUAGCGGAACGCUACCAUUUUCAGAUGACUAUGGAUCUGCAGCUAGCGAACAAAUUAAAAAUGGCAAGUUUAAUUUUAAUCAUCCAUCUUGGAAGACUGUUUCCCAGCGUGCUAUAUCACUUAUAAAAAAAAUGUUAGUUGUGAAUCCUGAUCGAAGACCUACCAUUGAUGAAGUAAUACGAAGUCCGUGGCUUCAAGAUACUCAAAUGUUGCAAAAAGCAUACGUUCUUAUGAAAUUAGAUCCAGAAGAAAUAGAAGAUUCUGAAAAUUUUCUCGAACCACCUUUAAAACGUACCCGAAGAUAAAUUUAAAAUGAUAAAUAAUUUUCUGUGAAAAUUAUGUGUUAUAUCUUGCUUUAAAAAUAGCAUGAAGUAAUCAACAUUUUUAUUACAAAUUUUAAUAAUAAUUU